GCUAGUGGGAGUCGGAGCAUGCGUGUGAGGUCAGAGAUCAAAUUGGACGUGGAGCUGUGAUGCGUGCGGCGAGCUGCAGGAUGAACGCGGCGGCCAUUCUGAACGGCCUGCUGGUGUCGGUGGUGGCAGCACUGCUCUGGAAGUACGUGAGGCUAAGCGAGCACGCUGCAGUACUGGAGGAGGAGCUGCAGCUGACCCACCAGUCCCAGGAGUUGUCCCAGGCCCGGAUAGACUACCACGCUGCUCUGCUGGCCCUCCAGGAAUAUGGCACCCGUAUGGUCUGCACCGGCAAGAUGCACACUGAUCGCAUCUGCCGCUUCGACUACCUGUGCUACUGCACCGAGGCCGAGGAGUUUGUCUUCUUCCACAGCAACUCCUCCUUCAUGCUGCCCAACCUGGGGCCCCGGCGAUUCCAGCCGGCCCUGCUGGACCUGUCCUCUGUGGAGGAUCACAACACCCAGUACUUCAACUUCCUGGAGCUGCCCGCAGCUGCCCUCAAGUUCAUGCCCAAGCCUGUGUUCGUCCCUGACGUCACCCUCAUCCUCAACCGUUUCAAUCCGGAUAAUCUGAUGCAUGUGUUCCACGAUGACCUGCUUCCCAUCUUCUACACCAUGCAGCAGUACUCGGACCUGGACGAUGAGGCCCGCCUGGUCUUCAUGGAGGGCUGGGGUGAGGGCGCACACUUUGACCUCUACCGCCUGCUGAGCAGCAAGCAGCCACUUCUCAAAGAACAGCUGAGGAACUUUGGCAAACUUAUGUGCUUCACAAAGUCCUACGUGGGCUUGUCCAAGAUGACCACAUGGUACCAGUACGGCUUUGUCCAACCACAGGGCCCCAAAGCCAACAUCCUGGUCUCUGGGAACGAGAUCCGGCAGUUUUCCUCAUCGCUGAUGGAGAAGCUCAAUAUCACCACGCGAGGAGGAGAGGAGAGCGCAGCGGAGGAAAAGGACGAGUACAUCGUAGUGUUCAGUCGCUCCAUCAACAGACUCAUCCUGAACGAAGCGGAGCUGAUCCUUGCGUUAGCGCAGGAGUUCCAGAUGAGAGCGGUGACGGUGUCUCUGGAGGAGCAGACCUUCCCCAGCAUCGUCAAGGUCAUCAGCGGGGCCUCCAUAUUGGUCAGCAUGCACGGGGCCCAGCUGGUCUCCUCUCUCUUCCUCUCCCGGGGGGCCGUCGUAGUGGAGCUCUUUCCCUAUGCGGUCAACCCAGAGCAGUACACCCCUUACAAAACCCUGGCCUCUCUACCAGGCAUGGACCUGCAGUAUGUGGCCUGGAGGAACAUGGUGGAGGAGAACUCUGUGGCCUACCCAGAGAGGCCCUGGGAGCAGGGUGGUAUAGCCCACCUGGAUAAGGAAGACCAGGAGCACAUCCUGGCCAGUAAGGAAGUGCCCAGACACCUGUGUUGCCGCAACCCUGAGUGGCUCUAUCGCAUCUACCAGGACACCAUAGUGGACAUCCCUUCUUUACUAGAGGCUCUCAGAGCGACAGUGAAAACCAGGCCCAACCUGAAGAAGGCCAAGCCUGCCAGCACGGUCCACCCAGGCCAGGUCAGAGAGCCCCAGUGCCAGACGUCGGUCCAGGCCACCAACGAGGCCAAGCUGACUGUGUCGUGGCAAAUCCCCUGGAACCUCAAGUACCUGAAGGUCAGGGAGGUGAAGUACGAAGUGUGGAUCCAGGAGCAAGGAGAGAACACGUACAUGCCUUAUAUUCUCCCCCACCAGAACUAUACCUUCUCUGAAAACAUCAAACCCUUUACGACGUACCUGGUGUGGGUGCGCUGCAUCUUUAACAAAAACCUCCUGGGGCCCUUUGCAGAUGUACUCACGUGCAGGACAUAAUUUGAGUUGAUAUUUACAGUUUCAAGUAUGUGACUGCUUGUUGCAGAUGAUCAGAUAUUGGGGCUGUGGAUUAUUGAAGGUGAUGCUAGAAAGGUUCUGUAUAAUUUCAGCCAGUAGUUUUGAAAGUAGCGCUCACGAGCCAAUAUGGGUCCCAGAAAAUGGUGCACAAUUGUAUACGACGUCAUUCAUUUUGUAUGACAUGUUACGUCCUGCACGAUAAAUGUAUGUUUCCUGCAAUUCGUAUGAUAUGUUACGAAUUUGUAAGUGCUUAAGAUCGCGUUCAAUCUCUUUUUAAAAGGAACAUCUGUGAUUGAGAAUCGUCUCCGAUUUGAGGAUAGUUGAUAUGAUGUAAUCUGUAUCUAGGAUGAGAGACUGUGCUGUUUGAUGAGACAACCAUGUCCUCACACAGAGGAGAGUGAAAUGCAGUAGAAAUUCAAUGGCAUUUAGCAUGGGACGCAGGAAUACAUGAGUCACGAUUUAAGGAUGCAUGGACCUGCAGAAAGUGCUAUACAACAUGUCUUUUUGAGAUAUAGGAAUUUCCUUAAUAUACUUAUUUAUGAGCAAAAAUGUAUAGUAUAAAUUCAUUUAUGUUUUUUUUAUUAGUCUUAAACACUGAACCUAUCUAUACCUGUACUUAUUUAAGUAUGUAAUGCAGGUUUUCAGCAAAGCCCAGGUGGGACUUCAGGAUGACUUGGUCUUGGUUUCAUACUUAUUUGAUUGGUUUGUGAUUUGUUAUACAGUUAUCUGAUAAAUCACACCUUUGUGGCUUAGCCUACCCUCCUGCACAAAGUUGUAGCUUUGUCAUGUUGCCUUUAUAAUUGGCAAUUUACAUAAUUGCAGAAUGUUGCCAAAACCUUCAAAGGGAUACUGUGAGAUUCUGGCAAUUUUCUACUUACCCAGAGUCAGAUGAACUCGUGGGUACCAUAUUUAUGCCUCUGCGUGCAGUAUGAAGGAAGUUAGAAGUAGUUUCGCGAGCCAAUUCUAACUAGCAUUAGCACAAUGACUGGAAGUCUAUAGGUAUCUGCUAGCUGGGUAUCUGCUUCAGGCCUGGGCAACUCCAGUCCUCGGGGACCUGAUUGGUGUGACACUUUUCCCCCAUCCCUAGCAAACACACCUGAUUUAAACUAAUUGCGUUUUUAACUGAAGCUCAUGAUUAGUUGACUAUUGGAGUCAGGUGUGUUAGCUGGGGCAAAAGUGUGACACCAAUCAGGCCCCCGAGGACUGGAGUUGCCCAGGCCUGCUUGCUGCAGAUACCCAUACACUUCCAGUCAUUGCGCUAACACUAGUAGCGCUAGCAACUUCCUUCAAACCACACGCAGAGACAUUAAAAGGGUAUCCAUGAGUUCAUCUGACCCUGGGGAAGGAGAUAAAGGGCCUCAUUGCCAAAAUCCCGAAGUAUCCCUUUAAGAGCAACCAAAGUGAAUUUGAAAAUAUGGUCACCAGUCUACAGUACCAUUAAGUAUGUGUUAUUAGUUGUGAUCUGGAUUAUCUUGUGCUUCAUUGAGGCUUUAAUAUUUGCCAUUUACCGUUUUGAACUGUUGUGGCCCAUGGAUAAUACAUUCUUCCCCUUCUAGAUUAUUUGAGAUAUUAAUUCAAGGCAGAUAAAAACUUUCAAAGAGUGUGUCCAGGAAAAUAUGUUGCCAGUUUUCUAAAGAUGCUGACUAAAACAUGCAUUAUUCAUUCAAAUGUAGCAGUCUUUUAAGAACAGGGUUCCUCUAAAUGAAAAUUAAGAGACUCUAUUAUCAUGUAUUUAUGUGAAAGGUUCUGUUGCUAUGCGGUGUGGUCACUAGAUAUGCAAGGGGUAGUUCUAUUUCUUUCAGAAAAACUGGAGCUUCUUUAAUCAGUUUUUUUGUCAUUGCCCUGUGUGUCAAAAGAUAAAUACAAAAAGGUUCAUGUCACUUCAGUGUCCCCAUUACAGCAAUUCUGAGUUCAAUUGUCCUAUUCUUUUUUUAUUCAGUCCACACAGUUGCAGAAAAUGAUCAGAAUUCCUUACUUACUAUUAAUGGGUACCAUUUCUGAUUGUGAUCAUUUACAUUUUGCGCAGGUUAUAUGCAUGCAUAAACUUGUGCUAUAAUUAGCCUGUGAUGCUUUUAAUUUGAAAGGGUGGUAAUGACUGCUCUGCCCCAAAUCAAGCUGGAGGAAUAACCCAUUCUAUGGCUCAUCAGUGCUGCUAACCAUGCGUGAUGUAGGGUUUGUAUCCCAAAUGGCACCCUCUUCCCUUUAUAGUGUACUACUUUUGACCAAGACCUAUAAAGGUGAACAGAGCCUAAAAAUAGUGCUCUAUAUAGGGAAUAGGGUGCCAUUUUGGGACUCAGCCCAAGUCUAUAUGGUGGUGUGCAAUGCUGCCUGUUACUUUUCAUUGCCUUGUGGUGUGGAAAACCAAAGUAAUGACUAGCUUCCCAGUAUGUACCAAGCCCCCAGAGAAAGAGUGCUGAUGUAGGAUCAGGUCUUGCUGCAGCCCUCCUGUCCUACUGAGCGUAUAUACAGUACAUUGCCUUCAGAAGUUAUUUACACCCUUUGACUUUUUCCACAUUUUGUUGUUACAAAGUUGGAUUAAAAUGGUUGAAAAAAUGUACAAUUAAAUCCAUCUACAAAUAAUCUGUAAUGUCAAGUGGAAGAAAAAUACUAACAUUUGUAAAAAAAAAAAAAUAACACUAAUA